AUGAAUUCAAGUAAAUUGAUUUUGAUUCUGUUAAUCUCUCUAACACUGUUAUCGUCUUCUUCGUCAUCGUUGUUGUCGUCGUCAUCAUCGCAUGCAUUGAUUCAACAGAACAAUCUAUCAGCUUAUGAUCUUCUCAUGGAAUACGGUUUUCCAAUGGGUCUUCUCCCGAAAGGCGCGAUUGGGUACACGUUGAACAGAGAAACAGGGCAAUUUUCAGUGUUUUUCGAGAAAACUUGUAGUUUCACUAUUGAAAGUUACACGCUUAGUUACAAGUCUACUAUCUCGGGUGUGAUUUCUGAGAAUAGGCUGUAUAAACUCAAGGGUAUUUCCGUCAAGAUUGUGAUUUUGUGGCUCAGUAUUGUGGAGGUUUCUCGUGAUGGGGAUGAUAUUGAUUUUUCUGUGGGUAUUACUUCUGCUAGUUUUGGGGCGGAGAAUUUCCUUGAUUGCCCUCAGUGUGGAUGUGGAUUCGAUUGCGAUAAUCAUCUUCGUUUAAACGGUGACGUUUCUUCAAUUUAG